AUGCACCCGGACCGCUGCCCACAGCGUUGGACUCACCCGCAGCCCUCAUCACCCCUCAGCCUGGCACAUCAGAGACCGACAGAACACAACGUGCCCACUACAGCAAAGAAGCCCAAGAAGACUCCCCACGUCCGGACAACCCUUAAUGACACACCACGGAGCAACAAUGGGACCGACAGCCACCCGUCUACCACCCAUGUACAGCACUUGAACUUCUCCUCAGCGAACUGCCCCACACCUACUCACCUGCAUCAACGGGGCCACUCCACCGCCCUGCAGGAGGCGUCACCCCUGGCAAAGGCACCGCAGAAGACCCUGCAUGGACUGUCGGCAGGAUUAUCCACAGAUCGCCUUCAACACGACCGCCAUCACCUCCGGCCAACUGAACUGUAA